UCCCCUUUGUCCCCUCACACUGAGUUUUUAUAGUCUGCUUUCCAUAUCUCAGUAUGUGUGUAUGUGUGCGUAAGCGGUUCAUGCUGUGCGCUUCAAACAAUCACUGCAUCUAAGAAGACAAAGGGUGAGAUGGUUUGUUUAUUCUACGGUUUCAAAUGGAUGUGAUACAAAUAGAUGCUGGGCAUGCUCCCAUGCUCUGGGACAACAUGAACAGCACCCAUUCUGUCAACACCGAGUUUAAGCUCUGAAGCAACCAAGAGGUAUCAGUUUCAGGGGUGAUUACCUCUGGACUUUUAGUGACAUGAUGCCCCAUGCAAACCCUGAUAAUGACCAGCAGGACUGUGUAUCUGGGAAUGAAAUGAUACGUGCCUAAAGCAAGGUCGGAGCUGGGAUUAGAGGCUGUUCUGGGGGGUGAAGGAUAGCUGUAGCUGUCAAAGGAGAUGCUCUUUUGGCCACAGAUUCCGUUCACGUGGACAGUUGGGUUUUGGAGAUCAGCUCUGGGAUUUAUGGGCUGGAUUUUAGGGGGUAGUGAGGGAGUAAAUCCCAAAGAGUUGGGAAACCUGCAUGAGAUGGGUUGGGAGGAUUGAGCAAGGUCCUGUUCGUAAGCAGUUCUCGGUAGGAUUCAGGGUCACUUUUUGUUGACAGGCGGCGGUGACAUAUUCAAAGGAUUAGUAGCUCUGUGGACGUGAGGCUUUCGACCUCUUAAAAUAGAGAGUGAGAGAGACACUCAAGAAAACAAAACGCUAGUCAGACAACAGCAGUUUCUCAGAGUGCGACUGGACUUGGCCCACAUCAGACACAUGCACACGCAAACGUAAACCCAGUUACACAUUUGAAGUAACAACAGCCGAAGCCGAGAUGGCGGUGACGGGGGCUGAAGAUAUGCCACGCCAGUUCCCAAAGAUUGCUCUGAGCGAUGUGGAUGAGGAAGUUCGUCUGCUGGCAGAGAAGGUGUAUGCCUCGGCACUUAAGGAAGAGGAUACAAAAGAUGCUCUGUCCUUGUACACUGUCCCUGAGGACUGUCCCAUAGGCUUGCAGGAGGCCAAACAGAGGGAGCUACUCCGAGAACUGGCUGAGCAACAGUCAGAGGAAAGUGCCAAACGGAAGAAGAGUUUUAAGAUGAUUCGAUCCCAAUCUAUGUCACUGCAAAUCCCAUUAAGUACAGAGAGUGUCCGGGGUGUGGUGACACCCCUCAUUUCCCCUUCAUCCACCUGUUCCUCAAUCUCACAAAUUUUCCCAGAGUAUCAAAGAGUCACCAUAAGUGGAGACUACUGUGCUGGGAUUACAGUUGAAGACUAUGAGCAAGCAGCUAAAAGUCUUCUAAAAGCUCUGUUUAUUCGAGAAAAAUACUCCAAACUGGCAUAUCACAGAUUCCCACGGACCACUGCACAGUUUCUACGUAAUGCGGCAAAUGAAAGGUGGACAGAAGACGACGAAAUCCUUCCAGAUAUCUGUCCCCGCCCUGGUGAGGGAGAGGACCCAUACAGCAUGGAGAAUAUUCCAGACAACCUCAAUUAUGAGAUGAAGAUGAAGGAUGGUAUUAUUUACGUGUAUGAAAACACUGAAGCUCUGAGCAUGAACAAACCACGCUGUCUGCCUUAUCCAGACCUGGAAACAUUUGCCAUUGACAUGAGUCAUGUGCUCGCCAUGAUCGCCGACGGGCCUACUAAAACCUACUGUCAUAGACGACUAAACUUCCUUGGGUCAAAGUUUUACCUACAUGAAAUGCUCAAUGAAAUGGCGGAACUAAAAGAACUCAAAGGUGUUUCUCACAGAGAUUUCUACAAUGUCAGAAAGGUAGACACGCAUAUCCAUGCAGCAGCAUGUAUGAGCCAGAAACACCUACUUGAUUUUAUCCAAACCACCUAUAAAACCGAUGCAGAAAGAGUCGUCCUGGAGAAGGCGGGGCUUAAGCUAACUCUCAAACAGGUGUUUAACAACCUGAAUAUGGACCCUUAUGAUCUUACUGUAGACUCCUUAGACGUCCAUGCCGGCAGACAAACCUUUCAUCGCUUUGACAAAUUCAACUCCAAGUACAAUCCAGUAGGAGCAAGUGAGCUACGGGAAAUCUACUUGAAAACUGACAAUUACAUUGAAGGGGAGUAUUUUGCCCGUUUGAUCAAGGAAGUGGCACAUGAUCUGGAGGAGAGCAAGUAUCAGCAUGCUGAACCACGACUGUCCAUCUAUGGACGUUCCCCUGAGGAGUGGGAAAGUCUCUCCCAUUGGUUUAUUCAGCACAAAGUGUACUCUCCAAACAUGCGCUGGAUCAUUCAGGUGCCCAGAAUAUAUGACAUUUUCAAGUCACGCAAGUUGAUUCCUAACUUUGCCAAGAUGCUUGAGAAUAUUUUCCUUCCAUUGUUUGAGGCAACAGUGAAUCCCCAGAAGCACAAAGAGCUCCAUGUAUUUCUAAAAUAUGUGACCGGCUUUGACAGUGUGGAUGAUGAAUCCAAACAUAGCGAUCACAUGUUCUCUUAUAAGAGCCCCAAGCCUGAACAAUGGACAACAGAUGACAACCCGCCCUACAGCUACUACCUCUUCCACAUGUAUGCCAACAUCAUGGUGCUCAACAACCUCAGGAAGGAACGAGGUCUUAGUACCUUUCAGUUCCGUCCUCACUGUGGUGAAGCUGGUUCUAUCACCCAUCUGGUUUCAGCUUUCCUCACUGCAGACAACAUCUCUCAUGGCUUAAACCUGAAAAAGAGUCCAGUGCUGCAGUACCUGUAUUAUCUUGCCCAAGUGCCCAUUGCCAUGUCCCCACUGAGUAACAACAGUCUGUUCCUGGAAUACUCCAAGAACCCACUGCGAGAGUUUCUACACAAAGGCCUGUGUGUGUCACUUUCCACUGAUGAUCCUAUGCAGUUCCACUACACCAAGGAGGCUUUAAUGGAGGAGUACGCUAUUGCAGCCCAACUGUGGAAGCUGAGCACAUGUGACGUGUGUGAGAUUGCCAGGAACAGCGUCCUGCAGAGUGGCCUUUCCCAUGAGGAGAAAAAGCAUUUCCUUGGAGUCAAUUACCUGAAAGAUGGACCAGAAGGGAAUGACAUCCGACGGACAAAUGUAGCCCAGAUCCGCAUGGCCUAUAGACACGAGACACUGUGCAAUGAACUCAGCUUCCUCGUAGAUGCAGUAAAGUCAGAGGUCACUGGGUCACAGUAGCUGUCCAAUACAUCUCUGUUAAGCCUUCUGUGCCCAUAUAUGCAUGAUUGCUAUUUUUAUAUACAGUAGGAAUGGAUGCACAGGGACCCAAAUGUAAUGCUGUUUAUUAUCUAGUCUGGCUCUGCUUCUCAGAUUUCUAAUAACCCAGCCUUCUAGUAAACACCACUGUCUGCCUAUGCAAUGGCUUGAAAUGGGCGUUUCCAAAAGGGUUUGGCAUGCUUGACAUUGCAUUAGAUGGGCAGUGUCUCCCUCCUGUGGAGAUUUGUGAACUAUAUCCUCAAAACAAUCAUGUGCAGCAAAAAUAGGCUCAGAGAUGCUUCUGUGGAAAAGAAAAAUGUCUGGAACAUUCCACCAUUACUUUGCAAAACAUACAAAGAGAUAACCCUACAGGAUUAGCUUAGGUAUACAUACAGCCUCAAAAUUUUGGUUUAGGGUUGGAGCUGUGUUUUGCCAUUAUUUCCUGCUCAUUCUUCCCUGUCUUGUCAGUGAUAGAAAAGCUUUUAAUGGAUGCAGCACGUAAUGUUAUUUACACGCAUUGUUUGAAUUCAUUUUUUUGAGAAUAUUUUAAUGUGUGAUCAUUUAUUUGAUGAAGUGCCUGUAUGUUUUUUUGAGGCCAGCAUAUUUAUUCCUUGAAAUAACUUGCUGCUUUAUCAUUUAUUUUUCUUUGUUUAUGUGGAAAACAAUUUUGUAAUUGGCUAAAAAGGUAAUUUAGGAAAUAAUAUCUCCCUGUAUCUUGUGUGGUUUUCAUUAAUGUCCUACUUGUCAUCGUAUAAAUGUAUUCCGUACACAUAUUCUUUCCAUCACAGGAAUAAAUUACAUUAAAA